ACACACACACGGACAGAUUGAAAACUGAUCAUUGCGAUGCUACCGCAGAUGAGCUUUACAACACGAUCGAGCGCAAAGCCGAGCGUGCGCACAAGAGGGAUCCAAUAGGCUCAAUUGCAAUAUAUUGUAAGAAGAAAAAAUAAGCAGGGUGGGGGAGAGAGAAAUCAUUUCCCCCUCACAUACACAGUGAGCAUAUCGAAAAGCGGGAGAGGCGAUUUGCUGUUUUUUUAAGCAUUGAGGCAAUCAGGCUGAUUAGACAACUGCCGCUGGAGGCUCUCCGUGCGUUUUGUGCUAGACAACGUCUGUACGCGUAGGACUUUCUGCCGGCUGUAGUUACUCUGGUAGCAAUGGGACCGUAGCAGACAGACUUAAUGCGAAUUAAAAGCCGAAGUAACUAAGCACAAAAAACAAGUCGAGAAACACGGAGUAACCAUGGGGAAGCGAAGAGGAAAUUUAUAACUUGAAAAAAAAAACUCUGGAAGGAUUUAUCAUUUGGAUUAUUUAUACGUCAUUGUAACAUAGAAGUUAGAAAUAGUUAUUUCCCAUUUAAAGGAUUUUUUUUCUUUUUUACGUUUUGGCAUAUUGCUACAUGCAAGUAUGGACGUCAGGGAGACAAGAUUUAAUACAGGAUGCUGGAGACUGGUGAUGCUGUCCAGCUUUCUCCUUCUGCACUGGCUUCCUUUGUGUGCACAUGGGGAAACCUUGGGAACCAACAUCACAGUGAUGGAUGACAAGGUGAACUCUUCUUCGCUGCCCAGCGGGGAGUCUGAGCAGGCAGCCGCGGCCGCGAGCUCUGCCGUUCCCUUUCUCCUGAACCUCGGGGCGGUCCGCAAACCCAGGGGCGGAGAGGAGGCGGGCAGUGGCAUGCUGGGAGAAUCUGAGAUCAGCUCUGAAUCCGCGGAGAAGGACCUCCUGCUGAAGAUUCCGUCGGAGGGCGUGGGCGCCGGCCUGCCCACCGGCCUGCCCGUACCCCCCAACCCCACUGACGCCCAGCUGGAGCUCAAAGAUGAGGAGCACACCGACGCCCCCUGGCAGGGCACCAAAGGUGGCCUGGAUGUUGCCAUGCUCGACCUGGACCACCUGCCACGCCCCAGCCUCCCGCCCGCGCGGUCCCCCUCCCACCCUGACGUCCUCACCGUGGAUUACAUCGACCCCGCCUCCCGCCGCCGUGACCUGGCCCCCCCCUCCCCCGACCCGGCCAGCCGCGAGCUCCAGGGGGGCGACUCCUGGACCAUGUCAGAUUUUUACUACUACGACAGCAAGGACGACGUCUUCUCCACCACCGAGGUCUACCCCGACUCCGACCAGUACACCACGGUUGACAUGGCGGACGAGAACGUGAUGCUGCUCACCACCACCCGCGCCUCCGUGCCCUUUGACCCUCGUCUCCCGGGCUCCUUCGGCCCCGAUGACGUGCUCCCCAGCGGGGAGGACGAGGGCCCCCCUUCCGCUCCGGGGCUCAUGGACGGCAUCAAUGGAUCUGACUGCCGCCCGGACUACGUCCGGAGCAACGGCACCUGCCGCUCGCCCUGUGACCUGUUCCCCAACUACUGCUUUAACGGGGGCCAGUGUUACCUGGCGGAGGGGAUCGGAGUCUUCUGCAGGUGUAACGCGCAGGACUACAUGUGGCACAAGGGCUCCCGGUGCGAGGCGGUGAUCACGGAGUUCCAGGUGAUGUGCAUCGCCAUCGGAGCCGCCGCCCUCAUGGUGCUGCUGCUCUUCAUGAUCACCGUCUUCUUCGCCAAGAAGCUGCACCUGCUCAAGACCGAGAACAGCAGGCUGCACAAGCGCAGUAAGUACCGGCCUCCGUCAGAGCAGCACAAUGAUAAUUUCUCCCUGUCCACCAUCGCUGAGGGCUCCCACCCAAACGUAAGGAAACUUUGUGACACCCCGCCCAGCCUCCCUCAUGCGCGUGCUUUGGCUUACUAUGAUAACAUUAUCUGUCAGAAAACCAUGAACAGAUACACGUGGGAGUGUAAGACCAAAGAGGAGCCUGACAGCGAGGACGACCCUAACUCCCAGAACAAGCUGGAGGACCCCGUGAAGGCUCCCCCGCCCAAGGAGGACGAGCCCCUCAACAUCCAAAACUCGCUCACCCCCAAACACGAGAACAACCACCUGGCCAGCGAGGAGAACUCUUCGGAGGUAAACUCGCUGCAGAAUAACAUGAUGUAACACCGCAACCCGCGGGCGCCACUGUCUCCCUCCCUGCUGCUGCAGCUGCCGCCUCCUCGCCACGUCACGUCACGUCACGUCACUCCAGAAACUCGACAACCGCUGGCCGCCCCAAUGCCCCCCCCUCCCCCCUUUGCCGUUGACCCCUGACUCUCACUGCUCUAUCCCUGAAACCUCGCCUUGUCCUGCUCAAUACUGGCAUGCGUUGGUGUAUUUUGUACAAAUGGAAAAAAAAGCUAAAGAUUUAUGAACAAAAAAAGAAAAUUUUACAAAAAAGAAACAAGAAGUGAAACAUAAACUCCCGAGAGGUUUUGGUGUUUGUUUCAGUGCGUAUGUAUCAAUAUAUGAAACAAAAAUGCUUGGAUUGAUAUAUAUAUAUAUUCAAAAACACAAUGUGUCUUCAAUUUAAUUGAUGUGAUUUCUAAUCCUUUGAUGUAUUUGAGGUUUUUUUUGUACUUUUUUGGGAAUACAAAGGAAAACAAAAAAAAUAUCAGACAGUUGUUGAAAUAAAACUUUUUAACAUUAAA